AUUACAAUGCAAAAUAUGCUAAUCCCUUUUUGUACUUUCAGGAAAAUCUGUGAUCCACAUCUGACUGCUUUCGAGCCGGAGGCUUUAGGUAAUUUAGUCGAGGGAAUGGAUUUCCACAAAUUUUACUUUGAUAAUGUCCUGGGGAAAAACUGUAAGGCAGUCAAUACGACGAUCCUGAAUCCUCAUGUCCAUCUGCUCGGCGAGGAUGCCGCUUGCAUCGCGUACGUUAGGUUGACGCAAUAUAUGGACAAACAAGGUGUAGCACAUACCCAGCAAAGCGAGGAGAGCCGCGUGUGGCACAAGAGAGACAACAAAUGGCAGAACGUGCAUUUCCAUCGAAGCGCGGUGACGGGCCCAUCUCCGUUUUCUUUCAAUCACAAAUAAAUCGGCCAAGAGAACUGUUCUGCUGCCGCUCUCGGUGAGAGGGCUCGUUUUUCCCCGACAGAGCGCGAAUGAAUUAACGAAUGUUAGGAAUACGGAGCACAACGUACCCGAGCAUCCUUACGAAACACACACACACACACACACACACACAUACACACCGUACACAUAAAACACGUACAUAAAGACGGAGUUAACGAGGAGGAGAACACACAACGAGGUAACGCGUUCGAGCAGAGAACGCUACAGUAACACGAAUACAAA